AUGGUGGAUGCAGCAACCUCACACCACGACAAGCCGAAUCUUCGAUGGGAUGCUCUCACACCAACCAUCAUCACGACGGCACUGGCGACAGCUGUGGUGAUGUUGCGACUUGUCGUGCGAUGCAAAUUUGUCAAGGCAAUAGGAUUCGAUGAUUUUGUCAUCGUGGUGUCGCUUUUCCUUUCCUGGAUCGUCCUUGGUCUUACCGUGGCCAUGGUCGUCACAGGCUUUGGCAGCUACGCCUGGUCCAAUCCUCUCGACAUUCGGCACACGACAGCCAAACUCUUCCUCAGCUGGAAUGUCCUCUACGUCGUCCUUAUCCAUGUCACCAAAGCAUCCAUCCUGACGCAAUAUCUGCGAAUCUUUCCCACUCGUACAAUGCGACGUCUUACAUGGCUCCUCUUCGCGACUCUACUGCCAUCGCUCUUCUGGGGUGUGUUUGCCUCCAUUUUCAUCUGUAAUCCGGUCAAGAAGGUCUGGCGACCGAUGACACCGGGCCAUUGUCUAGGUACGAGGACGUAUUGGUUGAGUGUGACGAGUGUCAAUAUCGUCCUCGACUUUGCAGUGCUUGCAUUGCCGAUACCAGUCAUUUCGCGCCUGAAGUUGCCACGAAGACAGAAGAUUGCACUGGUAGGCGUCUUCUUACUGGGCUUCUUCACCUGCGCAGUCUCGAUUGUCAGAUUGGUCGUAGUACACAAUGCGUAUGCUCGACACAAUUACACAGCAUCAUCAGCAGAGGCGGUGACAUGGUCUAUGGUCGAAGCCAAUGUCGGCAUAAUAUGCGCGUCAUUACUCGCCCUCAAACCACUCAUCACAUUCUUCUUCCCACAGGCUACGAAAGAACGCCAACCUCCUCGAUGGAGUCUUACGCUCGACACGAUAUCCACGAUGGCACCCUCCGAGCCUGACGUCGAGAAAGGACCAGUUCGAGAACAGGCUUCAGCAAGACCAAUGGUCAGUGACGAGAGGCUGGAAAAAAUAGCAGAGGAGCUUGAAGACUCGGACGAGCUCACGCUUGUGGGCACAAGACAGAGCUACAUGGGCUCGGACGCCAGAAGAGUAAGGACAAAGAGCUGGAGUGAGCAGACGAUACUUGACAUGGAAGGUGUGAUAUCCAGACCAGAGUCAGCGGCUACGAGCCCACUGACUGCACACAUGCUGGGAGAAGAGGUUGAAGCGCGAGAGCAGAGAGCGGCGCUUGAUCUGCGGAGAGGGUCGAAACCUGGGAAAGGCUAUGACAAGUGAAGACUGUGAUUAGC